GCCGUGCAGCUGCUGCGGGUGUCGGUACAUGAGCGGAUCAGCGCUGCCGCUGAAGACUUCCUGCUGCAGGUGGAGAAAGGAGGAGAGGAUCAAGUCCCGGAGCUGAGAGCGAUGCUAACCGAGCGGCUAAUGGCGGCGGAGGAGGAGAUCCUCGCGGUGCUUGAGGAAACCUUGUUAGAGUACGAGGAGCGAGUGGAGCAGACAGAGCGGUCCGAGCGGGAGAUCUGCCGCCAGAGGAGGCUGCUCGAUGCCUCGAUGCAGCCCGAAGUCCGGCUGCACAGAGCAGUGUGUCCUGCAGACGUCCAGCAACUGAUGGUGAUUAAAGAAGAGGUUCCCCCUGAGGAGCAGCAGUGGAGCCCCCUUGUGGACCAGGAGGACCCAGAACCCCUCCACAUUAAAGAGGAACCGUGGACCAAUCAGGAUGGACAGCAGCUUCAAGGACUGGAGGAGGCUGAUAUCAAGUUCACAUUGACGCCUGUCGCUGUGAAGAGUGAAGAAGAUGAGGAGAAACUUCAAUCGUCAAAGCUUCAUCCGAGUGAGACUAAGGAGAACAGAGCGGACUGUGGAGGACCAGAACCAGCCAGGAACUCAGGUCCUGAUGGACUUUUACAACAAGGUACUGAGGACAAGAGUGAAGACUCUUCUGAGACUGAUGAGAGUGAGGAUGAUCGGCUGGAGACCAGGGAAUCUCAGACUGGUUUAAAUACAAGAAACAACAAACAGCAUCUAAGUGAUAUGGGAUGUAAGACAAAAAAAAAAAAGUUAAGUUGCUCUGAGUGUGGUAAAAGAUUUAGCCAUAGGGGCCAUCUAAAUUCACAUAUGAAGAUUCAUACUGGAGAGAAACCGUUUAGUUGCUCUGAGUGUGGCAAAAGAUUUAGCCAGAAGAGCCAUCUAAAUAUACAUAUGAGGAUUCAUACUGGAGAGAAACAGUUUAGCUGCUCUGAGUGUGGUCAAAGAUUUAGCCGUAGGGACAGUCUAAAAACACAUAUGAGGAUUCAUACAGGAGAGAACCCGUUUAGUUGCUCUGAGUGUGGUCAAAGAUUUAGCCAAAGGGGCAGUCUAAAUACACAUAUGAGGAUUCAUACAGGAGAGAAUCCGUUUAGUUGCUCUGAGUGUGGUAAAACAUUUAAAGAAAGGAGCAGUCUAAAUACACAUAUGAGGAUACAUACUGGAGAGAAACAGUUUAGUUGCUUUAAGUGUGGUCAAAGAUUUCGCCGUAGGGACACUCUAAAUGUACAUAUGAGGAUUCAUACAGUAGAGAAACCGUUUAGUUGCUCUGAGUGUGGUCAAAGAUUUCGUAGUAGGGGCAGUCUAAAUUCACAUAUGAGGAUUCAUACAGGAGAGAAACCGUUUAGUUGCUCUGAGUGUGGUCAAAGAUUUAGCCAUAGGGGCAAUCUAAAUUCACAUAUGAGGAUUCAUACAGGAGAGAAACCGUUUAGUUGCUCUGAGUGUGGCAAAAAAUGUAACGAAAGGGGCAGUCUAAGUAAACAUAUGAGGAUUCAUACAGGAGAAAAACCGUUUAGUUGCUCUGAGUGUGGUCAAAGCUUUAGCCAAAGGGACAAUCUAAAUACACAUAUGAGGAUUCAUACAGGAGAGAAACCGUUUAGUUGCUCUGAGUGUGGUAAAAGAUUUAACAAAAGGGGCAGUCUAAAUAAACAUAUGAGGAGUCAUACAGGAGAGAAACCGUUUAGUUGCUCUGAGUGUGGUCAAAGAUUUAGCCGUGGGGACAAUCUAAAUACACACAUGAUGAUUCAUACAGGAGAGAAACCGUUUGGUUGCUCUGAGUGUGGUAAAAGAUUUAACAAAAAGGGCAUUCUAAAUACACAUAUGAGGAGUCAUGCAGGAGAUUAACCGUUUAACGGCUCAGAGUCUGGUAAAAGAUGAAAGAUUCAGUCCUAUUGUACGAGACGUGAGGAUUCAUACAGGAGGGAGGUGAUUCAGUUGCAACAUUUGCAACAAAAGUUGUAUUAGGAUUUACCAGCAGAUAUUUAUAUGAUACAUAUUCAUAGUUCACUGUUGUAAAUAGACUAUUAACAGUUUUGAUGUCCCUAGAAAACAUAACUCAUUGAAUAACAUGGCAGAUUGUGUUUAUAUAUCUCGUUUCUACUGAUGUCUACAUAAUGUAUCUAUUUUCAGUGUUUCCCCUAGGUUUACAGCUUUGGGGGGGA